CCAUAUGAAGUGAACAUUUCACGAAAGGAAGGAUGUGAAACAGAAGGGACACAGGUUCCAGUCCCAGCUCUGCCACCGAGUUUGUGUGUCUUUGACCAGAGAACUGACUCUCCAAGGUUCAGUUCCCUCCAACCUCAAAAUGGGUAAGGGAGCUUGAGAGGAUCCCAGGAGAUAUGACAGUCUGCUCUGUGUUCCUGUAUUUCUUCAUCCCGAAUGGUAACAGUCCAAAAAAACCACUGAAGCAGCUGUUGCGUCUGGAGUGCGAGCUGCUGGGGAAUGAGGAAGUGAUUCGGAGACUAGGCUUUUCUGCAGAGCAAAGCCUGAGCAAGAGGGGAGAGUAGUCAGCAAUCAGCACUCUUUCCUCAAGAGAAUCAACCAUCUGAACAACUACUCACACAAGAAGACACUGCCACAAGCGUUAAAGAAAUCAGUUUAGGUUGCAUGUUGGAAUCACCUGUGGUGAAUUCACGAACAAAAAUCACAGUCCAUGGGCACCACCCUGGGCCAGUUGUGACAGGCUUCCAGGGUGGAAUAGCUGUGUGUGAGAGUGAAGAACAGCUUCCGUUUGUAUUUUUCAACAGGCCAGAGUCCACAAAGAAGAAAGAUUAGAGUAAACCUCGCUGAUUGGUCCCUUAUGCCCCAGGAGCGCAUGUUGAGUUCGCAGCGAGCAUUAUAAAAGCUCUGGACUGCAAGUUCACAGGUGUCUCCCUGAGAAGAGAAGGCUGCCAUGGAUCUGGUCACAGUCCUGGUGCUCACUGUCUCCUGUCUGCUUCUCCUCUCACUCUGGAGACAGAACUCGGGGAGAGGGAAGCUCCCCCCUGGCCCCACUCCUCUGCCACUUAUUGGAAACAUCCUGCAGAUAGAUGUGAAGGACAUCAGCAAAUCCUUAAACAAAUUCUCCAAAGUCUAUGGCCCUGUGUUCACUCUGUAUUUUGGCACGAAGCCCUCUGUGGUAUUGCAUGGUUAUGAAGCUGUGAAGGAGGCCCUUGUUAAUCUCGGAGAGGAAUUUUCUGGAAGAGGCAGUUUUCCAGUAUCUGAAAGAAUAAACAGAGGCCUUGGAAUCCUUUUCAGCAAUGGGAUGAAAUGGAGGGAGAUCCGGCGUUUCUCCAUCAUGACCCUGCGGAACUUUGGGAUGGGGAAGAGGAGCAUUGAGGACCGUGUACAGGAGGAAGCACAGUGCCUUGUGGAGGAACUGAGAAAAACCAAAGGAGCACCCUGUGAUCCCACCUUCAUCCUGGGCUGUGCUCCCUGCAAUGUCAUCUGCUCCAUUAUUUUCCAGAAACGCUUUGAUUAUAAAGACCAGAGUUUUCUUAACUUGAUGGAAAAACUUAAUGAAAAUCUCAGACUCAUGAGCACCCCAUGGAUACAGGUCUGCAAUACUUUCCCUGCUAUUAUUGAUUAUUUACCUGGAAGUCAUAACCAAAUACUUAAAAAUUUCUUCUAUAUAAAGAAUUAUGUUUUGGAGAAAGUGAAAGAACAUGAAAAAACACUGGAUAUGGCCAAUCCAAGGGACUUCAUUGAUUGUUUCUUGAUCAAAAUGGAACAGGAAAAGCACAAUCCAAAGUCCGAGUUUACCAUAGAAAGCUUGGUGGCGACUGUAACUGACUUGUUUGGAGCCGGAACAGAAACAACAAGUACCACUCUGAGGUAUGGACUCCUGCUACUGAUGAAGAACCCGGAUGUCACAGCUAAAGUCCAGGAAGAGAUAGACCGUGUGGUUGGCAGAAACAGGAGCCCCUGCAUGCAGGACAGGAGCCACAUGCCCUAUACUGAUGCUGUAGUGCAUGAGAUCCAGAGAUAUAUUGACCUCAUUCCCAUGAACCUGCCUCAUUCAGUGACCUGUGAUGUUAAAUUCAGAAACUACCUCAUCCCCAAGGGUACCACUGUAAUAACAUCAUUGACAUCCGUGCUGUAUGAUGACAAAGAAUUUCCUAAUCCAGAGGAGUUUGACCCUGGUCGCUUUCUGGAUGAGAGUGGCAACUUUAAGAAGAGUGAUUACUUUGUGCCUUUCUCAACAGGAAAGCGGAUGUGUGCAGGAGAAGGCCUGGCUCGCGUGGAGCUCUUUUUGUUCUUCACCGCCAUCUUACAGAAUUUUAACCUGAAGCCUCUGAUUGAUGUAAAGGAUAUUGAUACCACACCAAUUGCCAGUGGAUUUGGUCAUGUUCCCCCUUCGUACCAGGCUCGUUUUAUUCCUGUGUGAAGAGCAGCCUCCUUAUGCUGUCAACCUGCAACUUCUGCAGGGUACUGUUCAUUUCACUCCUGGUUAUAUAGUUGUUUUCUCUCACAUUUCCCCAUUCCCUUGAGAUCCAGUGAAACUCAUUAAGCCGAGUUCUCUGGGUCAAUACACAGUUCAAUGCUUUCUUCUCCUAUAUUACCUGACACUUCCAUGCAAUACUUAUGUAGUGAGCACUAAUAUUCAUGAUGCAGUUACUACUGAUAAUAUGAGUUUUAUUGUAAAACAGUAAAAUCUUUAUGACACUCCAGAGCCAUCUGUCCCCUGCAUGUGCUGAAUAAAAACUAAUUUCUGGGGUGGUUCUCA